AUGCAGGACGGGAAGGUCGCAAAAGUAUCAAAUGAGAUGGAUGCUCACGCGAUUGCGACAUGGAGGACAAUUGCGGCCAGAUGCGGGUUAGUGCCAUCGCUGCGCUACGUUGGCACGGUCCCGGCCAACGCCGAAGUCAUCGGCCCCACCCAGAGCGACACUGAGGACUUGGGCCGCGCCAAAAGCAGCGGCUGGCCGUGA